GUCAGCGACUCCCUCCUCAUCACCUUUCCUCCGCUCAGUUUGUCACUGCAAGCACAGCAUGAGGACCCACGCGCUCUAACCCACCACGGUUCUUCUAAAAACUCAUAGCACAGUUCUCUGGACAUAAGAAGCUCCAGCCCAAGUUAUCUGAGCCGGCAGUGAGCAGAGCGUCAUCAGGUGGAGCUUCCUGAGUUUUUCGCAACAGAUCUGACCAUAGAAAACCUCAACAUCUUGUGGAUUUAUUUCUACAAUCGUGUGGUGGAAUUAUGAGUCCUCAAAGGACUAGUUUGUGAGCAGAGAACUCAAAGCUUUGCUAAAACAAUGGAAGCUUCACAUGCUGCCUAUGUCGCUGUACCUCCGACCCCUGUUCCCAUGACACCGGCCGCAGGAUACCUGUUCAGAAUGUUCCGGGAGUACCAGAGCAACGAGGUUAUCGUAGCCCAUUACAACUUCACAGGAAAGUUAAACAAGAACAGGGACGGACUGAAACCUGAAGCCAUCGUGUUCCUCAUCAUCUGUCUGCUCAUUGUGCUGGAGAAUGCUGUGGUUCUUGUGGCGAUCUGGAAGAAUAAAAAGUUCCACCUGCCCAUGUACUACCUGUUGGGCAACUUGACUUUCUCAGACUUGUUGGCAGGCUUCACAUACAUGGUGAACAUCAUAACAUCAGGAGCCAACACGCUCAAAAUGACGCCUGUCCAGUGGUUCCUAAGAGAAGGUGGUGUCUUCAUCACACUGGCUGCAUCCAUCAUCAGCCUCCUGGCCAUCGCUAUUGAACGUCAUGUUACCAUGGUGCGAAUGAAGCCAUACCAGGGGGCCAAGCGUGGACGUAUGUUCGUUUUGAUUGGUGCAAGCUGGGUGCUGUCAGUUUUUCUGGGCAUCCUGCCUAUUAUGGGCUGGAACUGCAUGGGCAUCCUGGAACAGUGCUCUACUGUUCUGCCGCUCUAUUCCAAGAGCUUCAUUCUCUGCUGCAUUACGGUCUUUUCCGCAAUACUGCUGGCUAUUGUGGUGCUCUACGUACGCAUCUUCCGCAUCGUGAAGUCCAAUACACAGCGGCUAGGCUGCGGUCCACAGCGCAAAGGUUUGGCAAGGAAGUCCCAGAAGUACAUGGCUCUGCUGAAGACAGUCACCAUAGUGCUGGGUGUCUUCAUCGCCUGCUGGCUGCCCCUAUUUAUACUCCUUUUGUUGGACUUUUGCUGCCCAGCACAAAGCUGCCAGGUUCUCUUCAAGGCAGAGUACUUCCUGGGUAUUGCUAUGAUUAACUCACUGCUCAACCCCAUCAUCUACACAUUAACCAGUAAAGAUAUGCGUAGGGCCAUACUGAGACUGCUCUGCAGCUACUGCCUGCUGACCAAGGAUGGACAUAUGAAGAAGUUUGGAAUACCCUUCUUGGAGUGCAGCACAAGUAAGACAGAGGUGCCAUCACACAGACUAGAGGGCCUGGAGACAACAGUGUCCUCUGGAAACUUCACACCAACAACUAUAAAAACUAUUUAUCCCAGAAUUUCAAAAACUUGAGUUUUUGGGACAUUUUGUGUCACAGCUUGGCUUUACUGUGGACUGGUACAGUCGUGACUGUUGGCCAGCCCAGACUGGACUGAAAGUGCUUCCUAAUAACAGAACUGAUUACAUAGCUCUUGUUAUUUGAUACCUAAAGAAGUACCGGACUCAGUAACCGUCAAUGGCAUUAAAACUACGGGCAUAAGCAACCUGUCAGACUUUCUUGUUAAGUGAUCUUCUGUAACUGCUGCCAAGGAUCAAACUGAUAGGUGAGGACUUGUAACAGCAAAGCAGGGCCUGUUUUCUAUUUAAAUCAAAUAGAGCUUGAAGCAACAUGCACUUAAGACGAAAAACAACUGUGAGCGAGAAGGUGGCAGCAUUACUGUGACUAGGGCCUUUUGAGAUUACUUGGCACACUUAACAAGAUCUGUUAUCUUUCAGUUUGAAACAACCAAAAACAAUCCCCCAUGGCCUGAAAGCAAGUACAGUUUGUGCGUCGUAAAAUAGUAUGGUUCUAGCACCAUACGGUGCUCUACAGACGGUGCUGCACAAGAGUGAUCAAAUGAACCCAAGCUAUGGAGGCAGCAAAACAGGCAGAAGGUGACUUGCUAAAUGUCUCCCUCCCGUUUUAUGAGCGUGCACUUUCAGAAAUUCUGCCAGUUUCAAUAUCAUGCUAACAAAGGAGUUCAGCACUCCCUUUUUUGGAGUAACUCCAGAUCUUACACAAUAAAGCAUGUUUUCAAAGGCAGAUACAGUCUCAGCAGACUAAAAGGAUGUUAGAUUACUUGACAAGUCAUGAAAACAAACUCAUUUUUAACAUUACAAACUAUCUGUAUGGAAUAAUGCUUUGCUUUUGUAGCAGUCUGGAAAGUGAUUGGUCCAGUGUUUGUAGCCUUAUUUGUUGUUCAGUUGUAAAAGAAACUAUGUAUUGUGAAUAAAGUAAGCAAUAUUUGUUUAUUAAAAAAGUUGUUUUCAAGAACUAAAUUAUGACAUUUUACUCAAGUGUAUAUAUGUACAUUGAUAAUAAAUAUAUACGAGUGUUUAUAUUCA